UUUGCUGACUGGACCCCCACGUGAGUGGACCAGGAAGUGAGUAGAGAAUGGGCUCUCUCUCUCUUCCAGGCCCUGUGUAAAACAGUAAGACUGUUGCUUGGGGAAACAUGGCCACUGCCGGAGAUUCGAGGGGAGAGCUUCAGAAGGAAUUAGUCUGUUCUAUCUGCCUCGAUUACUUCGACGACCCUGUCAUUUUAAAAUGCGGCCACAAUUUCUGCCGCAUGUGCAUUUUGAUGCACUGGGAGGAAAAUGGAGGCGAUGAUGUUGGUUACCAGUGUCCCGAGUGCAGGAUGGUGUUCGCAAAAAUGAGUUUCACCAAGAACUACCUGGUAAAGAACUUAGUGGAUAAACUGAGCGACUUCGAUUACCUGAAGACGUGUAGGCCCUCUGCACCCGCAAAACCCGUGAAAAUGGACGGGAAAUGUGAGCGACACCACGAGGAACUGAAACUGUACUGCCACACGGACAGAAAGCCCAUCUGCGUGGUGUGUCGGGAAUCCAGAGCGCACAGACACCACGAUGUUGCUCCUGUACCCGAGGUUGUUGAAGACAUGAAGAGUGAGCUCAAGCUAAGACUCAUCAAGCUGAACUGGCAGAAAUCCAUGUGUACUAGAGUAAAGAGCACAGACGAGCAGGCCAGAUCUGAUGUCAAGCUUAAAAAACAAGCCUUGAAGGAGAAGAUUCAGGAAGAUGUCGGCGCCCUGGUUCAGUUUUUGUUGGAUGAGAAGGACGAUCUGUUGGAAAGGUUGGAGGCCGAAGCGGUGGCCACUAUCGGGCUGAUCGAUGCCAACCUGAAGCGUGUGGAGAGCGAGGCAGCCAAAGUGGACAAAGCCAUCACUGAAAUUCAAAAUCACCUGAGUGACAGCGCUAACUUUGAGACUAUCAGUAAUUCAUACUUGAGCCCGUGCCACGUCAACCUCGGCGUCCAGGCCUCUAACUCCCCUCCAGAUUUCUCCGAGUUCACAGGACCCUUUCAGCUCAUCAUGUGGAAGAAGAUGAUGCACGUGUUACACACAAUGCCCCAGAAUUUGACUCUAGAUUUAGACACCGCUCACCCCUCGUUGACCAUCAGCGACUUUGACACCAAGGUGGAGGAGGGUCGCGUACGCUCCCAGGAGCCCGACAUGCCGCAACGCUUCACUCGUUUUUUCGGGGUGCUAGCAACCGCCCAGUAUUCCAGCGGCCAGCACUACUGGGAGGUGGACGUGCGGGACAAGGGGGUCUGGUAUCUGGGCGUCACCACUGAGUACAGCAAUCGCAAAGGUUUUGUAAACCUCUCGCCCUCCGCUGGCUACUGGAGCCUGUGUCUCCAAGACCGACUGUACGCCAACGAGGAAGACUCGCGUGUGCCCGUGGCGGACUACUGGAACUCCCCUCGUGUCGGCGUCUUCUUGGAUUACGACCGGGGCCACGUUACUUUCUUCGACGCCGUCACUAUGAAACGCAUCUAUAACUUUGUCACAUACUUUGACGAACCUGUCUCACCCUUCUUCAGCCCGGGGAAAAACGACCCGGGUAGCCGACUACAAAUAUGUCAUUUCUACUGAAAACGAAGCGAUGCGUACAUGCAGUUCGCAAGAAAUAAUAAUAAUAAUAAAAAAAAAAAAAACGAUAAAUGUGCCUGUUGUUGCAUCAAAGUAAACGUUUCAGGGCAUUUUCCUUCCUGGAAGUAGGGAGGAAGUUUGUUUUUAAGCUCUGCUGUGUCUUUGGAUUCAGUUGAUCUGAAUGAAUUAGUUGCGUAGAGCUUUGAUACAACAUAAUCUGAAGGAGUGAGAUGAGUUUUUCUUGCUCGUGAAUUAUGAUGUAGCCCCACUGAAAUUCAGGUAGAGUGGCAUUGCCGGAUUUUACGCAAAUGUCGACUUUAGCUGCUCUGUGUCGUCUUGUUUUAGACCUCAGUGUUGUCUUUUGUACAUCAGUGUAGAGGUGAAAAUAAGGACUAAAUCAGGCCAAAUAUGUGAAUGCUUGUUAUCAUUUCAUUUUUGGGGGGAAAUUAUGAAUUUUUUUUUUUUUUUUUUAAUCACCAUGUAUUCUGUGUUAUGGCAUAUAGUGACAGUUUUUUUCUCUCUCUAUUUUACAUUUAUUUUCAAUGUUUACAUAUUCUUUUUGUUGCAGUUUUCUUUUUAAGGAAUGUAUUUGUUUGACAAAUAACCAUGUUGCAUAAAGACUCGUAUUGUAAUAGCUCAGACUGCAAUAGGUGCUAUGCAACUUUCAGUUUGUGAGUUUCCGACAUUUGCUGCAAGGAACGUCCAUUUAAUUAUGUAAAUGAGUUUAUCCUGAGGCUUUGUGCCGUUCAUGUUAUGUCAUGUACCUUUCAAAUCCAUUAUAUUAAUUUGAAUCUAUUAUAUUUGUUUAGCAGUAGUUGAAUCUUUGCUGUGGGCUGAUGGUGAAGAGAGGCUGAGUGUGUUUGCUUUAGUACCGAAACAAGCACAAAGGGACAUUUCUGCACCUUUUCAUUGAGCUCAGAUGGUUUGUUGUUCAUGUUGAUAUGUACUGAGCUAGUUUAUAUACUAGAACCGCAGCAGUCAUGUGUUCAAAAUGUCUUUUGAGCUGACUAAGGAUCAGGAAAACACUGGAACAGCUCACUUCUGGAUUUUAGGAUGUUUUGUACAUAUGCUGUUAACUUGAACAUGCUCUCACAACACUCCAUGAUAAAAGUUAGGAUCUAAGUUAACAUUUACUACAUUGGUAAUCAUUCUAUUUCCUCAUAAGAAAUGAGUUUAACUUGAAAACUUUGACUCUAUAUGUUUGGUGUACAUAUAAAUUUGUAAUUGGGCUUUCUUUUAAUUGCUGAUGUAAGAGAACUGUUACAACACAUUUGGGCAUAACUGCUGGAUGGCACCAUGAGUACAUUUUACUUUUUAUGAGAUUUAAAACCACUGCAAUGUUAAAUGUUUUCCUCUACACUACGGUCUUCUAAAAAAUAAAAUAUUACAACAAUUGUUUAA